AUGUGGGAGGACGAGUGGGCUGCGGCCCCAGAGGGGACCUGGGUCCCCGACGAUAUCUUUCUGCCUCGUGAUGAGGCGUUUUGGCUCGCCCCAAACCCAUACAUCGACACCCAAACUGGGUGUUGGAGCUGCGGGUUGGCGCCUACAGGCGCAACUUUGGCGACGAGGGUGGAGAGGAGGAGGAGACGCCACGCCGCCGCAACGGCCGCCGCAACCCCGCCCCGAACUUGGGAGGAGCGGGUUGCGGCUGUUGUCGCGGCUUGCAAGAGCCGACUGGCGGCAAUGCCAGAGGAGUACCAGGCCCAGAUCAGGGCCGCCGACGAGGCUUCGGGCCUUGAUGGCGUUGCUUGA